AUGUUCCGAUUUGUUAGCUGCUUUGCCUUGGUGGCUGUUGCUACGGCUGCCUACAUCCCAUCCCAUGGUAAUGGACAUUCCAACUCGAAACAUGCGGUCAGAAAGAUUUUCCAUCAUGUUGCUGAAGAUGAACCGAAGGAGGCAUCGAUGGAACAUCAUCAUCAUCAUCACGAAGAACAGGAUCAUUUCGUCGACUACUAUGCUCCUAUCAACUACAAGUUCGAGUACGGCGUAAAGGAUCCACACACUGGUGAUCAUAAGACGCACUGGGAGGAACGUGAUGGAGAUGUGGUGAAAGGUGCAUAUACCAUUCUGGAUGCCGAUGGUAGUUCCAGGUUGGUCGAGUAUACGGCUGAUCCUCACCAUGGGUUCAAUGCGGUGGUUAAGAAGAUCGAACACUCGCAUAUCCCGAAGAAGGAACAUCACGUAACGCCGGCACAUGAGGAACCCCAGGAAGAGCAUCACCAUCAUCAGGCUGAUGAGCAGGUGUCUCAUAAGCACCAGCACCACUAUCACUACCAAGCACCUGAACAUCAUGGUUAUGGGCAUGGCAAGGGCUACUAA